ACGUCCUGACCUUGUUCUCAAAGCGGCUUGAAAAGAUAAAGAGAAAUACUUCCUUCCGCAUCCACUCUGAUGUGGAUUUGAUUCCUGAUCUGACUUCUCCAAGAAGGCAGUUGAGCUAUUAAAGCCCGUGUUUUCAGGUUAACUCUGCUAGUAAGAGUGGAAUUUCAGGAGCGUUUUAAGCAGUUAUAUGUUUCUGUAGCCUCUUGUGGUUGUGCGAUCAGCUAGAUUCAUCCAUCGAACGGGCUGGCAACUAGCACUGUAUAAAAAAUAAGCUGAUUGAGCUGUCUGUGUACCUGUAUUAAUGCUAGUACCUAAUAAAAGGGAGAGGUAGGUCUACUCGUUUUGGCAGCGUCGUAGAUGAAAAUCAGUUAAGCUGCUUGUGAAAGUGCACCCUGAGGCUGCGGUUCCCUGGGCAGGUGAACUGGUAUAAUAGUCUAUUUUUCUUUUCUUUUUUUUUUUUUCCCUGAAACUGGAAGAUCUUGCUCCCAGCUCCUCUCCUGCUCCUAGCCAGUGCCUCUGGCUAAAAGCUGUGCAAUACUCUGCCUCCCUUUGAUGUGGCUAAUUUUCUACCAAUUUAGUACGUUGAAUCAGCUUCAGGGGAGUUGAAUGAGAUGAGCACUAGAAGUGAUACCAGUUAAGUGGCAAAAUGCUUUAGGACAGAGGCUUGUUAAUCCAUUUCCUCACAGUCUGUGGAAGUGGAGGAGAGUGUGUCUCUCUGGAAGGAUAAACCUGGUCUAGAGUAAACAGAUUCACCCUCUCCCCCUUGCUGCCUUUUUACGAAACAAAUAUUUUUAUUUUGUUUUCUGAAAGUUUACUUUUGGGUGAUGAGGUGAUGAUCAAACUGGUAAAUAUUAACAGUAGGACUUGAAGGGGUAGGAAAGUAGAAUUGUGGAAGUCUUAAAAGUUUACCUGUAGUGAUUAUCACUAAUAACUAUGUUAGAAUCAUUAGAGCAGGUGCUCAGUUUCAGAGAACAAAAGCAGUUUGCUAAAUGUGAAGGUGGGAGUCCUAGCAAAACAAAAAAAAUCACUUUUAAGCACAGCGAGCAGGUGGAUAAAGAAUGGAAACAGAUGUAGUCAACAAGAAAUUACUCUCAGAUGCUCAGUUUCAGUCUGAGCUGUAUUUUAAGAGGAGUUUUUGACAUCGGAAGGAUGUCUAUCCAGAGGGAUAAUUAAAGAUGAGAAUAUCAUUAAUGCCUUACGUCAAAGGCAUGCAAAGAACAUUUUGGGAGUCUAACAACUUGCUUAACUUCACAAAGAUUAAGAACAAUCUGCAUUAAGAAAAUCUGUCUUUUGAUUAUCAUACUGUUUUAAAGUCUAUAUUAAUAAAGCAGUUCAUACAUUUUGUUCAACUAUUAAGUGGGGAAUAAAUGCUUCUUACUGUAAGGCCCCAGAGUUUUAUAUAAAACAAAAUGUCAUGGGUUAAUUGCAAUGUGAAAAUGCUUUCUCUUGAAGAGUGUUGAUUGCCAGAACUUGGUGUGGCACUUGGUUUUAAAUGACUUUUGCACUGUGGCUUCUGCUACUCUCUUGAACCUGUUCUGCCGGGUACAUAUCACAUUGUUUAGAUCCCCUUUUAUGGAAUUGUUUUCUUUUAGGUCCUUUAUUAAGAUUACUAAAACCUAAUCUAACUGCUAUCCUUGUAGAAUUUAUCUAUACAGCUUCUCAUAAAGCAGAUAAAUUGUUGUUUGUUAUCCUUAGUAAGAAAGGAUGGUGUAAGAUUUAAUAAGUUACUAUAUCAGAUACGCUAGGCAGGUCUCAAUAGUACAGUACUUAAGUUAAAUAUUGACUUGCUGCAUAGGACUUUGGUCUAGUGUAGCCCUGCCAAACAUCAGUUGCUGCAGCCAAGAGGGAAGUAUUGUGGCAAAGAUAAUGACAACUUUAAAAUUACCCCCCUCCAAAUUGAAGGCAGUCUAGCUGUGCGCAGAAACCUGUCCAAAACAAUCUCCAGAAUACCAGUUUACAAGAGGAAGAGCAAAGAGAUCUGACUGCAAAAACUGAUGGACCAUUACGUCUUCCGAAAAUGAGCCAAUUCACACUUUUCUUCUGGAAACUAAAAUGUCUUGAAGAGAGAAGAAGUCAGUGCUGGACUCUCUUAAACAUUACUCGUGGUACAACUUCAGAGAGCAGCUUGAUUUAUCUCACUUGAAGAGGAGGCAUAUGUGCAGUAAGCCAAGAGGACAUGGGCUUUCAGUGCAUCUGGCAAAAUGAGCAGGUACUGGGUCUACGUGUUGCGUCUGAAUUGUAUUGUACUAAUUCUCUAAGUACCAAAUCAGACUAUCUUCUUGAUGCACCCUCACGGCAUCAUGGCCAGUACUCAGGAGCGCCUGAGCUUGUCUUCCUCUCCAAACUCAAUCAGCAAAGCUUUCUGUGAAGAUAAAGACUUUAAUAGGAUACAUGAUGAGCACUCACCUUCGGGAAACCACCCGUCACCCGAACUCAUAGAGGAUGUGCGUGAGAGGGGCUUGCUGCCGGCAGACCUCGUGGAAAACGUGAGCAGCCCAGUGACCGCAGCAGUGCUGACCAGCAUCAGUGAGGACUCUAGGGACCAAUUUGAGAACAGCGUGCUGCAGCUGAGAGAGCAGGAUGAACCCGAAACACCCAUUCCUCAGGGCAACAGGAACACUAUGGAUGGAGAAAGCAACAGUGGAGCAGAUGAUGUUAAAGUCCAGUUCAGCAGAUCAGGCAGUGGGAGCGGUGGGUUUCUUGAGGGACUUUUUGGCUGCCUGAGGCCAGUGUGGAACAUCAUAGGCAAGGCAUACUCCACGGACUACAAAUUGCAACAGCAAGAUACCUGGGAGGUGCCGUUUGAAGAGAUCUCGGAGCUGCAGUGGCUGGGCAGCGGCGCACAGGGAGCUGUUUUCCUGGGCAAAUUUCGAGCAGAGGAGGUGGCGAUCAAGAAAGUGAGAGAUCAGAACGAAACGGAUAUCAAGCACUUGCGGAAACUCAAACAUCCGAACAUCAUUGCCUUCAAGGGAGUUUGCACUCAAGCCCCGUGCUACUGUAUUAUCAUGGAGUACUGUGCACACGGACAGCUCUACGAGGUCUUGCGAGCAGGGCGGAAGGUCACGCCUCGGCUCCUUGUGGAUUGGUCCACGGGAAUUGCUAGUGGCAUGAAUUAUCUGCACCUUCACAAAAUCAUCCAUCGGGACCUCAAGUCACCAAAUGUUUUAGUUACACACACAGAUGCAGUAAAAAUCUCAGAUUUUGGUACCUCUAAAGAACUUAGUGAUAAAAGUACAAAAAUGUCUUUUGCGGGUACUGUGGCUUGGAUGGCCCCGGAGGUGAUACGCAAUGAGCCCGUCUCCGAAAAAGUGGAUAUCUGGUCGUUUGGGGUAGUUUUGUGGGAGCUGCUUACUGGAGAGAUUCCCUACAAAGACGUGGACUCGUCUGCCAUCAUCUGGGGUGUGGGCAGCAACAGCCUGCACCUUCCAGUCCCGUCCACCUGUCCAGACGGCUUCAAAAUCCUCAUGAAGCAAACCUGGCAGAGCAAGCCCCGGAAUCGUCCCUCAUUCCGACAAACACUGAUGCACCUGGAUAUCGCCUCUGCUGAUGUGUUGGCUACUCCUCAGGAAACCUAUUUCAAAUCGCAGGCUGAAUGGCGAGAAGAAGUGAAGAAACAUUUUGAGAAAAUUAAAAGUGAAGGAACUUGUAUCCACCGGCUAGAUGAAGAAUUGAUUCGUCGUCGAAGAGAAGAGCUCAGGCAUGCAUUGGAUAUCCGUGAACACUAUGAGAGGAAGCUGGAGCGAGCCAAUAACUUAUACAUGGAGCUCAGUGCUAUUAUGCUGCAGCUGGAGGUCCGUGAGAAGGAGCUCAUAAAGAGGGAGCAAGCAGUGGAAAAGAAGUAUCCUGGGACUUACAAACGCCAUCCAGUCAGACCAAUAAUCCACCCCAAUACAGUGGAGAAGCUGAUGAAGAGGAAAGGGGUUGCCCAUAAACCAGGCAGCCAGACUAAACGGCCAGAUCUGCUGAAGUCAGAGGGCAUACCCAGCACAGAAGCAGCAUCCAAUGGUUCACCAGUCUCAGGAAGUCCCAAAAUGUCAACACCAAGCGGCAAAAGCCGCUACCGCAGUAAGCCACGUCACCGCCGAGGGAACAGCAAAGGCAGCUACAAUGAUUUUGCAGGGAUCUUGAAAAACCAGCCAGUGCAUGAUGAUGCACCCCCACCUCCUCCUCCUCAUAAUCAUCCUCAUCACCCCAGUCUACAGCAGCAACACGGCCAAAGCCAUCCCCAUGGCCAUCACUCACGGCUUCACGCCCAUGGACAAGAUAUUGCUAAUUGCGCAAACAAUUUAAGGUACUUUGGCCCCGCGGCAGCGCUGCGGAGCCCUCUCAGUAACCAUGCGCAAAGGCGGAUGUCUGGUUCCAGCCCUGAUCUCAUCUCCGCUGCCAUGGAAGCAGAUUGCCGGAGGAAUCUGGAGAGCAAAGAAAGCAAAGCUGAUCAUUGGGAGUGCUGCAAAACAGAUCCAUAUAAUUCCUGUCUUCAGUGCAGGCAAGAGAACAGUGGUCAGGUACAGAUGUCAUCUCUUGAAACAGGGAUCAACCAUUCUCAGUCACCAACAUGUGUUUCCCUAUAUGAAAAUGCACAGUACAUUGAGAAGACGGAGGAAGAGGGCUUCAGCAACUGUAAGUCAGCGUCAGCCCUAGGCACUCCUCAGCACAUGGCUUCCUCAGUGCUGCCUUGCAAAACAAGACCCAUUCAGAAGAGCGGUGAUGACUCUUCAGAAGAAGAAGAAGGAGAAGUAGAUAGUGAAGUGGAGUUUCCUCGUAGACAAAGGCCUCACCGCUGCAUUAGUAGCUGCCAGUCCUACUCGACCUUCAGCUCGGAGAACUUUUCCGUGUCGGAUGGAGAGGAGGGGAACACAAGUGAUCAUUCGAACAGCCCAGAUGAGCUGGCCGCCAAGCUGGAAGAUGAGCUGGCUGAGAAGCUGGAGGACAUGUUAUCUCAGACUCCAGAGAUCCCCAUUGAAAUCUCCACCCAGUCUGAUGGGCUUUCAGACAAAGAGUGCGCUGUGCGGAGGGUCAAGACUCAGAUGUCGCUGGGCAAGCUUUGUGCAGAUGAACACAGCUGUGAGAACCCAGCACAGUUUGGAGAAUCAGACUGUGACUCUUCCGAAGGGGAGUGUUCUGAUGCCACGGUCAGGACCAAUAAGCCCUGCAGCUCUGCUACUUGGAAGAGAAGAUGCUUCUCCUUCCCACCCCAGGAGUGAUUUGCAAUAACCCGAAUCUCUGGAAGAUGUCCAAAUGAAAUUAAUUCUCUUUGAGCAUUUCAAUCAAGAAUGGCAGGGAUGUAUUUUAUUGAAUAAUCUAGUUACUGUAACAUGGAUAUUUAUUUUUUUGACAUUUUAACACUUUUUACUGUAAAGAGUGGAUUGUAUUUAUAGACACACAGACUUGUUGCAAAAAAAUAAACAAAACAAAAACAAAAAAAGCUCAGAAAGCAAGCACAUUACAGAGAAACAUCCUGGGAGUCCUGCCUGGACAGCAUUGUGUACAAACACGGGGGAUUCUCAUGCUGCUUUCACAGGGGACCAGGCCUUAUGGCCCUGAAGACUGGAGAACAGAUCAAGAAAACUAAACCACUCAGUCUUAUCAAAUGAGGAAGCAUAAUAAAAAGACCUUACUACAAGGUAACCUGUGAACAAAGC